UGUGUACCUGCACUUGCUCUUCUAAUAACCCACUGUCAGCAGAAGCUAUGGCCAGUUCAAGCAGUGAUGAUGCCAAGAGAGCUAGACAGCUGUUCAUGGAGGACAAUACCUAUUUUAUGGCCUUAGCCCUCCUGUCAGGCCAGAGAAGCACGGACAAAAAGGCUGGUGCCUGUAUUGUAAAGGACAAUAAAGUCAUUGCAGUUGGCUACCACCAAGUGCUCAGUAGCGGUGGUGAUGAGUACAAAUGUCAUUGUGAAUAUCAUGCAGAGAUUGAUGCCAUCAUGAACUGUGCACAUGUUCAUGGCGGCACUAUGUUUGUGACUGAGUUUCCCUGCAAUGAGUGUGUCAAGGUCAUUGUCCAGGCAGGUAUCGUGCGUGUUGUCUAUCUGUCUGAAGACAAUGAAGACAAUGAAGACAAUGGAGACAAUGAAGACAAUAAAGACAAUGAAGACAAUAAAGACAAUAAAGACAAGAUGAAAAAAGACGCUGCAGAGAAAAUGCUCAAAGAAGGAAAUGUUGGCUGCGAGAAGUAUGAAGGCCCAAAGGAUGAUAUUUGUGUUGGAAUCACACACACAUUUGAGGACCCAGAGGAAACAGAGAACAGCAUGAAACAUUUCAUGGCUGUGGCUGUGCUGACUUCAAUGAAAAGCAGAGAUCCCCGCACACAGGUGGGGGCUUGUAUUGUGAGGGACGACAAAGUGAUUGUUGCAGUUGGCCACAACCAGAUGCCCAGAGAUGAGGCUGAGAAGUAUACCUGGGGUCGUGAUAGGAACCAGGAUAAUAAGCAUUUGUAUGUGUGCCAUGCAGAGCUUAAUGCCAUCCUAAGCAGCACUGAUUCAAGAGGCUGCACCAUCUAUGUGACCCAUUUUCCCUGCAAUGAAUGUGCCAAACCCCUCAUUAGAGCAGGUAUAAAAAAGGUCUUCUACAUGUCAAACCCAUACUGGAAGAAUGAUGAGAUAAAAGCCUCCAGGAGAAUGCUUAAAGAAGAAGGCAUUGAACUUGUGUCUUUCAACAAAGUGAAAGAAGACAUUGUUAUCAAAUUUCAUUAGAGGGCACAAACUCUUGGUUCCAAAUACAGCUUUUAUCUGUUCAUGCUGAUUCCAUGCACAGUUGCAAAACAAAAUCUUCUGAGCUGUUAACCUUUUUAAAAUGUUUUCUCCUCAUUAUAUUUACUCUGUUGUAGUUUGAUUGAUUCAUUCAUGUUUCAGCGGGUGUAAAAGAAUGAUUUUAACUGUGUAUAUAAAGCACUAGGGUUACAUGUUAUGUAUAAUUAAUGUGCUGUAUAAUUAACAUUUUCAAACAAUCUGACAUAUCGUAAACUUCCACUUAAAUCAAAACUAAAAACAGUUCACUUUGUUAGGGUUAAAAAAUAAACUAAUAAUACACUUACCAUAGACCACCAUUAUGAAGUCAUUUUGUUGAUCAAUUCACUGAUUCACUUUCAGAAUAAGAUUGUAUUGUUCUUCUGUGCAGGUUGAUUUUAUAGACUUUUAAUAGAUUCUUAGGAUGUGUAUGUUGGGAUAUUGAGAUGGACAAAUAAACUGUAAAAGAAUAAAUAUAAAAACACAUAAAAGCACUAACCUGUGUGUAAAAAGGUUUUGUGUGAAUUCCAGAUUUGUUAGUCAGAUGUUUUACAACAUGUUACAACACAUUUCCAUGUCCUGGUCACUACCUAACUGGGGGAUUUUAUGCAUACAUAAAAAAAAACCUGGAAGACCUAGAGAAAAAAAAAAAAAAAAAAUCAGUAAAGGAUCACACACACUCAAAAGUACUUUCAAGAAUUUUAUUUUUUACCGUAUAAACACUGUACAUAAAUUACUUUCUCUGAGACUAAUAUUGAUGUACGGAUAAGUGGAAUUUCUCAUUUUUCCAAAUAAAAAGGAGAAACCC